AUGCCUCCCGAUUCGCGCAGCUGGGUCACCGUCCCUGCGCCCGUCAGGGACCUGUUCAAACUCUUCCCCCUCCGCGUCUACGCCGCAGAGGAGCUCCCCUCCCGCGCUCCUCAACCCACCCGAGCUCGCCCAUCUCUCUAUGUAUUCACACUCGAUGGUGACUGUGCUCGCCCCAGCUUUAAUCCGUCAUGUCUUAAAUGGCAGACCUUCCUGAGGAUCGCCGGCGUCGACGUCGACCUCAUCCCAUCGAACAACCACGCCUCGCCUUCUGGCGCGCUACCCUUCCUCCUCCCUUCCUCCACAAACUCCGGAUCAUCACCCCCCUUAACGGGUGGUAAGAUCCAAAAGUAUGCGAAGGACAAUGCCACCAGGAAGAUCCCCACGAUAGAGUCCAACCGGCAGGAAGCAUAUCGUUCCCUCAUCGCGCAAUCAAUCCGCCCGGCAUGGCUCUACUCCCUCUACAUUGACCCCUCCAACGCCUCCCUCCUCAAGACGCUCUACCUCCCGCCAUCGCCCCUCCUCGCCUACUCGCUACACCACACCCUCAUCGCGGCCGCCACAACCGAGAUCCUCAAGACCACGCGCACGCCCUACGUCCGGACCGCCCAGCUGUACACCGACUCCGCGACCGCCUUCGCCGCCCUCGACACCCUCCUCGGGAACGACGCCUGGUUCUUCGGCGCGGGCUCCCCGGGGCUCUUCGACGCCGAGGUCUUCUCCUACACCUGGCUGAUCCUGGAUGAGACCCUAGCCUGGGACAGGGACGGGGAACUGCAAAAGUCCCUGGCUGGGUUCAAGAAGCUGGUCGCCCACCGGCAGAGACUGUACGAGUGGUGUUGGUAG